CGCAAAAAAAGCGCGCAUUGCACAAGUGAAGCCGGAAUAAAUUGUAUAUAUUUUUCGCUAUAAAGUGUUUUAUGUGCUAAACAAUAAGCUGUGAUGGCACUUUGGGUAGACAAAUACCGGCCCCGUGAGUUAUCCAAAUUGGAUUAUCACAAGGACCAAGCCGAAAACUUGCGCAAUCUCUGCAAGCAAAGUGAUUUUCCUCAUCUAAUGUUCUAUGGACCAUCUGGCGCGGGCAAGAAGACACGCAUAAUGUGCCUGCUGCGUGAGAUGUAUGGUGCCGGCGUGGAGAGACUGCGCAACGAAACAAUGAGUUUCACAACGCCCUCGAAUCGCAAGAUCGAGGUGAUGACAGUUGGCAGCAAUUACCAUUUGGAGGUGAAUCCCUCGGACGCCGGCAUGUACGAUCGGACUGUUGUUAUAGACCUGAUCAAGCAGGUGGCACAAACACACCAAAUCGAUAUUAAUGGUCAACGGGAAUUCAAAGUAAUUGUAAUCUCCGAAGGAGAUGAGCUAACCAAGGACGCUCAGCAUGCGUUGCGCCGCACCAUGGAAAAGUACGUAGCCACAUGCCGCAUAAUACUGUCGGUCAACUCCACAUCUCGCAUCAUUCCGGCCAUCCGGUCGCGUUGCUUAGGCAUUCGCGUGCCAGCACCCAGCGAGAACGAAAUGACAGCUGUGCUCCAAAGCACAUGUAAACGCGAAGGUCUGGUAUUGCCGCCAGAGCUAGCCAAACGUGUGGUAGAGAAAUCGGAACGAAAUAUGCGAAGGGCCUUACUGAUGCUGGAGGCAUCCAAGGUCCAGCAGUAUCCGUUCACAGCGCAGCAGCAGAUCGCCGAGCUGGACUGGCAAGUGUAUCUGCGUGAGACUGCAACUCAAAUUGUGAGCGAACAAACACCCGCGAAACUGGAAAAGAUACGCGAUCGUUUGUACGAGUUACUUUCGCAGGGUGUGCCACCCAAUCUAAUCUUCCGUGGCCUCGUGGAGCAACUGGUCAACAAUUGUGAUAUGUCGAUUAAGGCAAAGACAUUGGAGUACGCUACACAAUACGAGCAUCGCAUGCAGAACGGUGCGAAACAUAUAUUCCAUUUGGAGGCUUUUGUGGCCCAAUUCAUGAACAUAUACAAAAAGUUUCUUGCCGAACUGGUAAUGACGGAUGAUUUCUAACAUUAUUAUAUUAUAGUUUUUAUUACGCCCAUUCAAUACAUGCAGAGCGCUUAACCAAAAA